AUGAACUCAAUUGCAUUUAUAUUAACAUCAUUACUAUGUAUACCCAUUGUUGUCAUUGCUGAAUCCCUUCUGUUACCGAAAAAUAGUAUUCAACUGGCUAAAUCCAUAUUUGCAUGUAAAUUAAACGUUCACGAAGAAGUUAAAUAUUGUAAUACCAAUUCACCAGAAGAUUAUGGUUGUAUAUGUUCCAAUAAAGAUGCCAUUAUGGAAUUCGUUGGUUGUUAUGCUUAUUCCCAAAAAGAUCCACAUGAAGCAAUAGAUUUCUUUGUUGAAUUUUGUCAAGAAUAUGGAAAUACUACCGUUGAUAUGGAUAGUAUCUAUACUGCUUAUGAAAAUUAUACUGCAAAAGGUUACUAUAAUGUUUCUAUGCCAUCAUCGAAUCAUCAUAACCAUUCAAACAAUUCAAAUGUGUUUGAACCUAAUCUUCCUAAAGAAAAAAUGGCAAAUUAUACUAAUUCUUUGAAACUAGCUAUAGAUCAAUAUUUGGUGAAUUGGGAUAAUACAUUUUAUUAUGGAGCAGGGAUUUUAGGUUAUUGGGCUCUAGUUAUAUUAAUUGCUGCUAUAUCUAAUUGGACUAGAGCUUUGUUCCCUGGUCUUAUGACAGACUUAACUGGUCCAUUAUCCAAUUGGUGGAGACAAAAUAUCUCUUUACCAGCAACUUUUGGUAGUAAAAAAUCUCAAAGUUCCACCUUAUAUCGAUUCCUUGAUUUCUAUAUACCUUCAAGAUUUGAAUCUAUUGUUAUUACUGGAUUUGUUAUUGUUUGUAUCAUAACGUUAUCAAUUAAUACCUAUUUUGCUCAAGGUGAUGAACUUAUACAUUCAAGUUAUGAUGCUAGAUUAAGAUAUGUUGCUAAUAGAACCGGUACAAAUUCCACCAUGAUGUUACCUCUUGUGAUAUUAUUUGCUGGGAGAAACAAUAUCCUUCAAUUUAUUACUGGAUGGAAUUAUACAACUUUUUUAACUUUCCAUCGUCAUAUUGCCAGAAUGAUGUUUGCCUUUGUUGUUAUUCAUGCUGGUUGUUUCACUAUUGCUCUUGGAUCAUCAUAUGGACCAGUGAUGAAAUUGCCAUUUAUGAUUUGGGGCACAGCAGCAACCGUGAUUGCUGGAUUAAUGUUAUUUCAAGGAAUGUUAUAUCUUAGAAGAAAAUGGUAUGAAGUAUUUUUGAUUGGUCAUAUAAUAUUAGCAAUUUUUUUCAUUAUUGGCACAUGGAUUCAUGUUGUUGAUUUUGGUUAUAUGUGGUAUAUUUAUGCUGCUAUUGCAUUUUGGGGAUUCGAUAGAUUUAUUAGAGUUGCUCGUCUACUUUGCUUUGGAUUCCAAUUGGCAACCAUAACGUUAUUACCUGGUGAAACCAUGCGAGUAGUGAUUUCUAAACCAAAAGAUUGGGUUGCUAGUCCUGGCUCUUAUGUGUUUGUUUCAUUUUUCACUCCUAAAUAUUUUUGGCAAUCACAUCCAUUCACAAUAUCUACUUCCACUGAAUCAACUAUAACUUUAUAUUGCAAAGUGAAAGAAGGGGUCACUCAAGCAUUAUACAAAGACUUACUUAAUUCUCCAAACAAAACAAUCAAAAUAAGAGCUGGAGUUGAAGGUCCAUAUGGUGAACUUAGUGGUGCUAAAACAGCUGAGAGUGCAGUUUUUGUUGCUGGUGGUAAUGGUAUACCUGGAAUGUAUUCAGAAGCUACUCAUUUAGCAUCAAGACGUUCAAUUAGAUCAUCGAAAAAGAUAAAAUUAUACUGGAUAGUAAGAGAUUAUCGUUUGGUACAAUGGUAUUAUGAAGAAUUACAACUGCUUCAACGUACCAAUAUUGAAACUGUGGUUUAUGUUACUCGUCCUAAUGAUAGCCUUGAAGAAGUGGCAUCUAAUUUCACAAGUUCCAAUUUUGAUGAAAAAAGUUGUUAUUCACUUGGUGAUUCUAAAACUAUGAUUUCAUGUAAUUCCAAAUAUACUUUAAAUUUGAAAAAAGAUAAUAACAAUAAUAAUAACUAUCAUCGUGUUAAAGAAUUAAUAAAAGAUGAAUUAUCACAUAUUUUAUUUGUUGAAGGUCGACCUAAUUUACAAAAAAUGGUUGAACAAGAAUUGGAAGAAGCUGGUAGAAGUAUUGCCUUUGUCACUUGUGCUCAUCCAGCAAUGGUUGAUGAAUUACGUUGUCAAGUCAUUAAAGUUAUAAAUAAUCCUGAAAAGAAAAGAGUUGAUUUCUAUGAUCAAUUACAAGGCUGGAGUUGA